AUGGAUCCUCUCAUCUCCUUUGGCGCACUGACCACUUGCUUUGAUGCGUACCUGGGCGACAAGACUGUGCCACUGGCUGGCUCGACCAAUCAGAUUCCACAGAAAGAGAAUGCCUUAUAUGGGCAAGCGGCAGACACACGUGACGCUGACAGUAUCGAAGGCACCGCCACGGGUGAGACAACCAGUGCUACAGACAAGUUUGAACUACGACCGAAUACACCCGACAUG